AUUUGAUGCAAGUGCGUAUUUAGUAAAAAUUUUUCCAUAGCUAUUUCCGAGAAUGUGCGUCAUUUAUCUGUCAAAAAGUCCGUGGCAGGUUUGGACAAAGAUUCAGAGUCGCAAUUUGCGAUAUUUAUCAAAAAUGUCCGCCAAUUCACCGCCAGGAAAAAGUGACGAACCUGCAGUUGACAACAUCCCGCCAAAUGCAUUCGAAAGCUUAGGUUCUAGACUUCGCGAUUUAGAUGUGGAUUCAAUUCGUCGUUAUUUAGCAUCAAAACUAGGCUUCUAUGAGCCCUCGGAACCUCCAAUACCGACAGAACAAGUAUUGGAAGAAGUGUCUUUAGACGGAAUUGUGAAAUGGAUCAAGAGUGAAAAAUGCAAAAAUAUAAUAACACUGUCAGGUGCAGGAAUCUCUACUUCGGCUGGAAUUCCCGACUUCCGAAGUCCUGAAACAGGCUUAUACCACAAUCUUCAAAAGUACAAUCUUCCGGAGCCUCAAGCUAUAUUUGAUAUAAGCUUCUUCAGAGAUAAUCCUAAGCCAUUCUUCACAUUGGCCAAAGAACUUUAUCCGGGAAGCUUCAAACCAACAAUUUCACAUUAUUUCAUCAGACUUUUACAUGAAAAAGGAUUACUGCUCCGUCAUUACACUCAAAACAUUGACACAUUGGAGAGAGUUGCCGGGUUACCGGAGGAAAAGAUUGUUGAAGCACAUGGAACAUUCUACACUUCGCACUGUUUAAAUUGUAGGAAAGAAUACUCUUUGGAAUAUGUUAAAGAAAUAAUUUUUGCGGACCAAAUACCGAUAUGUACGGAAUGUCCGGGCAUCAUCAAGCCUGAUAUUGUAUUCUUUGGUGAAAGCCUGCCGGACAGGUUCCAGAAUUGUCUCAGGGAAGACUUCCAGCAGUGUGACAUGCUCAUUAUCAUGGGAUCAUCCCUUGAAGUACAACCAUUUGCAUCUCUCAUUGAUAUGGUGCCGGAAUGGUGCCCUCGCUUGCUGAUCAACCGCGAGAAGGCAGGCGAGCGCUCCCCGUUGCUGCGGCUGUGUGGUCUAGCGGGCGGUCUUCAGUUGGACGAGCACGCGGUGCGAGAUGUCGCCCUCCUCGGGGACUGUGACCACGGCUGCAGGGAUCUGGCCCAGCGUCUUGGAUGGGGGGAGGAACUACACGCUUUAGUGACUGUAGAACAUGAACGUUUGGAGCGGGAAGUGGGCAUGAGUCCACAAAUGACCAUCCCGGAGACUGUGGAUGCUGCUGGGACCAGCGCUGAAACACAACUGUAAGCACAAUAUUAUAUAUUUCAAAAAAGAUUGUGCACAAACCUACGUGACGUCAUAGCUUGACACAAAAAAAAACUUAAUUUAAAAAAUAAUAUGAUUCCUAUGGCACUCAGAGAAAGCCAAGGAUAUCCGUUUGGUGAUUACAAUGAAAUUAACAUACACGCGA